AUGGGAGAUUUACAUUAUAUGGUCUGUGUAGUAGUCGUAUUUCAUUGUAUUUACGGAACGCAGUCGGUUGACACGUAUAGUAAUCAAACGUACAAUGCGGCUUAUCUUACAUUUUGUGGACAGUCCUGCAUUUCCAAAACUGUCAUAAGAAACGAUUGGUGCAGUAAAUGUUACUGUGAUGGUGACUGCCACUUGUAUAAAAACUGUUGUCCAGAUAAGAAAGCCACUGAUGUGGAACCGAAGUACAUGGCUUAUGAAUAUACUUGUACGACGAUCUCCUUCCCCGAGCUGAGUAAGAGGACCAACUUAAACACCGAUCUGUGUUCUAAGUAUUAUAAAACCUGCGAUAAUCUGGAAUUUGAAGUCCAUCCAGAAGCCUUUUUUCUGAUUAAGUCGUGUCCUAAUUCCUUCACUGGUAGCCAGGAGGUAGUGACACGUUGUGAAAAUAUUAUCGACAUGGAAGACCAAAGUACAAUUCAUCCUAUUACAAAUUGGCUUACACAACUCUCCUAUAGGAAUAUCUACUGUGCCAGUUGUAAUGGAGUUCAGGAAACGGAAAGAUGGGAAAUGUGGUUAAUUUGUAGAGAUGUACUACCAGACCGAUUUGGAAACAAUGUAAAUGACCUCUAUCAUAAUUUCAGAACCACUGAAGGAUGCAGCAUUCAUUUUGAACCAACAAAUUGGCAAAGGCAACGAACGUGUCAUUCAGGCAAGAAACUCAUUAAUUCAUGUAAUGUAACUGGACUGUGGUCAGGAGACGAACCUGACCUGCCUUCAAAAUGUAACCAAACCUAUCAAUACGAAAACCCAGUCUUUGGUUAUCAAAACAUGUUUUGUUAUUUGUGUAACAUACCAGAUAGUCCAGACACAUUAGAAGAUAUUGUUGGAGUGGUUGAUGAUAAUUUGUCUCACCUCCAGCCUGCUGAUUAUUCAGUAGUAGAUAUCGAUAAGAAAGUGUGUCGACCAAUAUCAUGUCCCGAUGGAAGACGGUUAGUUAAUGGUAUUUGCAGAUCAUUGUUUCACAGAUUCAAUGGGUACAAAUACAAAAUCUGUUUGAAAUAUGAGAUUAUGGUUUCAAAUGCAACGUUUCCAGACUCUAGAAGACUAGUGUUCAAAUUCAUUUCAAAAAUUCAGCAUUUAGUAUUUUGGCAUGGCAUAUAUACUGUGCAGAAUUCGUUAGCCUUGCUCGGUAUGACACCAUGCUUAAAUGGAUAUCUAAAUGCAACAGUGGUAAUAGGACUGCAUCUGACCUCAAGAAGAUCACAGGGAUCUGAAGAUGAAAAUAUUCGUUUAAUUCAGGACAACAUAGUAACGAUAGUUGGCUCCGAAAAAACUGCUCCAUUUAACAUUUUAUCGGUUGAGCAGUUAGCAGAUUGUGUUGUAAGGGAUCGAAUUCCAAAGAAUUCAGGGGGACUCUGUCUGAAAUACAAGUCUAGUAUUCGACCGCGCCCUCUAAGACAUGUACUCGCAAUUGGCUAUAUCUAUCUAGCGAAAGAGGUGAUGUUUUCUAAACUACUCACAUGUCCACAAAUGGUUCUAGAGCAAAAUGAGACUGUUCACGAUUUGCACAACGGCGUCAUCACGAUUCUGGCAAACCAAAAAAAUCUCACGUCUAUUGAUUUUCGGUUGGUGAAUGGAACAUAUUUAAUUUGUGUCGAAGAUUACUUACAAAAUGCAGAAAUAGUCGAAACCGAAACAUGUACACAUAGUUUUGAUUAUCGACCUGUUAUUGCAGAAAGUACAUCUAGAGUUUCGGGCCUUAACGGAAGUUUCUACGUAUGUCUAUUGUUAUUUACAGUGGCAAAUAUCAAGGUCUAG